GCAAUCCGUGACGUCACGGGAACCCUGUCAUGCGCACUGGCCUGGGCAAGAUGGCGUCGCCAGAAAUGCAGGAUUCGGAACCCGCGACUUUGUGACCGAGUUUUCGUCCUUCAGUGUUUGGAGUUGCGGUCAUCGCGGUCGUUCAAGGCAUGUGAGAACAGUUCGGGAGGACACAGAAGCAUGCAGUCGGUGGUCGUGUACGGUCGCAUGCUUACGAGGGCCCUUCUUUCGCCCGCCACGACGCAAGACCUGCGAACCAAGAGAAAAAGAGACCUGUGCCUGGUGUCCACCGCGCAAGGCUUUUCCAAAGACUUCAACAAUUCGAUACACAAGAAGGGACUUUUCGGCGACGACGCCUACUUUAUAGCAAGAUAUAAAAACGUAGAUGUCUUAGGGGUAGCUGACGGUGUUGGAGGUUGGAGAGACUAUGGCGUGGACCCUUCUCUCUUCUCUAGUUCACUCAUGAAGACCUGUGAGAGACUGGUGCAGGCAGGACGCUUCAAACCCGCGUUACCCAUCGGCCUCAUCGCAGCCAGCUAUUACGAGUUGUUAGAAAGUAAAGGUCCAAUUGUAGGUAGCAGUACAGCAUGUGUCCUAAUCCUGGACCGCCCCAGCAGAACACUGUAUUCUGCCAACCUCGGUGACUCAGGGUUCAUGGUGGUGAGGAAAGGAGAAAUUGUACAUAGAUCAGAAGAGCAGCAGCAUUACUUCAACACCCCCUUCCAGUUGUCAUUAGCAUCACCCAGGGAGGAUGGUUUGGUGCUCAGUGACAGCCCUGAGGCAGCUGGCUUUAUGUCCUUCCUGGUGGAGGAGGGUGACCUCAUAGUCACGGCAACAGACGGCCUGUUUGACAACCUGUCCGACUCCAUGGUCUUAAAGGAACUAUCAAAACUUAGGGAUCACAAAUACGAGAACAUCGAGCGAACAGCACAGAAUCUGGCGGAGCAGGCACAGGAGCUGGCCUUUGACCCCGAGUACAUGUCGCCCUUCGCCACAGAAGCACAGCAUGCUGGGAUAGAUGUCAAAGGAGGAAAACCAGACGACAUUACAGUGCUGCUGUCAGUGGUUGCGUUGUAUGCAGACUAACACAGAAGUGGGGGGGGGGCAGUUGGGGUAACUUAUGUACAGUAAAGUGAAACUUUAUUCCACAACAACUGUAACAGGUAAAAUGUAUGGCAAGCUCUUCAGAGUUACGUUAUAUUACUUGGUUGGUCAAAUCAGUCACUUCUUACAGAUACACUUUCACUGAACCAAUCUAAUACUUAGUGAAUUGAAAAUAUAUAUCUAGUUUGACACAAUGCAAGAGAACACUUUCUGGCUACAACACAUCAAGGAAAUAAUGUUCAUCAAGGAAUAGAAAUAGCCUGAGUGCCAUCAUAUUUGUACAUGUAUGCCAGGGCUCCUAUACUGGCUCCAAAAGGGAGUAUGGGAGCCCUAGCAUACAAAUAGGACGGCACCCAGGCUAGAAUAGAAAGUUCUGUUAAUGUUGAUAUCUGGUUGUGUAAAGAAGAGGUUCUUUCUCAGAUUUGUGUGAAUUGGUAGAUGGAAUGCUUGAUGACAUUGGUUGACCUUGACUUAUACAGAAUGGUGUGUGGGAGGGGGGCAGAGGUUGAUGACCUGUGGAAGUGUUACAGAUAGUGACUUGCAGUGUCUAUCGUCUGUGUUUCUGUACAUUUAACUGUAUGUCUGUAUAUAUACAGAAGUGAAGGGAAGUUUUACCAUAAUGGUAUCUUUUUCAAGCAUACAAAAUAUUUAGGAUGUGUAGUUUAAGACAAGGUUUUUGUGAAUGCAUCAGCUUGACUUCUUGGGUAUUGCUUGUAACCAUCCCCUCACAGUGUAUAUUUCACAUACCUAAAACUGUCAAAUCUGAAUUGUUCAGUAUUCAUUUAUACGGUGAGAACAGGAAUUUGAACCAGAGAACACUAGGAUGUAUGUCAAAGACCAGGAGUUUUGAAUACAACUACACUCUGUAGUUUUGCUUGGAUAUUUCAUAUGAAAAAGUAUGCACUUCAACCUGUUCUACUAUGUAAAAUGGGUUGUACAUUGCUUAAUUGAGACAAACUAAUAUUAGCUUGUCAGUCGUCAAUGAAAAAUUUGGAGAAAGAUCAAUCCAACAGUACUGCCUGUCAAUCGCAGAUACAUACUCGCAUGGCAAGCUCUCUCUCCUGUAAGUUAACCCUCUUCCUGCUUUUCAUGUAUGUGUAGCACAUGUAUGUAGCAGAGAGAGGGUUAAGAAAACAAAGCAGUUUAAGUACUAAUUGAAGGGAUGGUUGGUGUUAGAGCCAGAAUUGUAAUAUGUUAAAGACAGUGGUUGCAGUUUUGUCUGUAAAGUGUUGGGAACCUAAAACAGUAUUAGAGGAAGCAGAGUAUUAACAGAGAAAGUAUGAAGUAUCUGUUGCAUGACUGUGUGUGUGAUAUGCUCCUAGGUACUUAUUCCUGUGUAGUUUCCUCUGGUAGUUUUAAUUUUCAUUGCUUAAGGAACUGGCCAGGUUGUGGCAUGUGGCUUUUUCAAAGAAGAUCUUGAUAGCAGUUUAUAUCUGAAAGUUACGAACAUUUCAAAUAUGAAAAAAUGAUUUCUUUGUGAGAGAAACAUGUCAAAGCCAUUGACCACUUCCUUUAUGCAUUGAAUGUAACAGUUAUUGUAAUAAACUCACGGUUAGCUUUUUAGUAAGCACGCAAAAGGCCAUAUAGAGAAAAGUAUGCUUUUUACUAGUGGGCGAAAUACUGUAGAAAAGUUUCCCAGUAGAAAGGGCUCAAGAAUGAAAAGAAAAAAACAACAAAAACAUGUCCUAGGUUUUGGCAGAAUCCUGUCGCCUAAAUAUGCACUGUACAGUACCAAAAGUAUCAAGCUGCUGUUGAGGAUGUGAAAAGGUGUAAAUAAUAAGAACUGAGAAACCUUUAAGAACAUAUUUAUGUGGACAUGAGUGUAUCAGCAUGUGUAGUGUAGUAGAGGGCAGGGUGAACUUUAACAAUGCAAGAGUAGCAGGGACUUGAAGAGACUUGUGCCUAGGUUAUUACUAACAUGUUGACCAUGUUACACCAGACUUGAUGUUAUACGGGGAAUUCUCAAAAUAUUUCAACUUUUUCUAAGUUAGAUGUUUGCCUUUGUGAUUUCUUAUGUACAUGUAUGUUUGCCUCUGUACAUGUAAUAUAGACUAGUCUCGGUUAAAGCCAGUAGCUUCUGAAAAUCACGAUAUAAUGAAAGCUGGGCCAAAGCUGUAGGCGAUAUUUAGGUGCCAAGACAUUGUUUACGCUAACUAGUACUAACACUAAUUGUUUAUGCUUUCUCAAUGUUAAAUUUUACCUUACAUGUAAGAACGUUUGCUCUUUUUGGGGGUGGUCUGACUUUUAAGAAGGAAGAUAUUGUUGUUAUGUUAUUUCAACUGUUCACAAAGCUUGCUGCUACCAACUGUAAGCUACGUAUACUUGUGGUGAGGAAGGUAUCACAAAAAAACUCUCAGAAUUUUAUCUCUAUGUUACUUGAUGUACAGUCACUUUCCUUUAGCCUGUCUGAAAGCGAUUUGUUAUGUCCUUUCGUUAAGCUCCAGCUUUGUUUCAUGGAUGAAGACUUAAAUGUGCUGUUUUUCCUACUUUUGUUCUCUGGAUUGAAUAGAGUGGUUUAUGAUGAACAGAGAUGCAGAAAUGGCAUGAAAGAUGAUGAUGGCAGUGGAUGUAGAAACAACUCAAACUGCGGAGGUGUCCAAACUGCAGUGUCUGUACAUGUAUGUAUGCACUGCAGAGAGAUGCUAGCCUCUUGUGCAGGCCUCGGAGUGGGUUGGAGUUUUUUUGCUGUGUUAAAUGGAUUCUUUGCCAGAGAACAUUAUACCCACCAUGGAUUUUGUGGUGGGUAUAACCUUCUUUGGCAGUACAUGUAUAACCUUCUCUGGUGGUAUACAGUUCUCUAGCAAAAAAACGCAUUUAAAGUAUCAAAACACCUUCCCUAUCAGAGACCUGCACAGGAGGCUAGAGAGAUGCAAUCUAAUCCCUCAGGAAAACAGCUGGGAUUUUCACAAAUGUCUUGGUAAUGAACGAUGACUUGAGGGGAGAAAAAGAUGUUGAGUUGAGUUUGUGACAAGGGUUUACUUGAUGUUGAGGCAGAGAGAAGGAGCAGCAGUGUUGGUGGAGAUUUCUCGUUGUGUCGGCAUUGAGUAGUUUUUUGUCAAUGUGCAUCUGUCAUCUUGUCAUGUUCAUCUCAUCUCUGUACUUACCAUGCCACUGUUGUGUUUUCUGCAAAGUUUUCAUCCUAAACAUUUCUCAUCUUUGCUUGAUGCAUCAUCUAUGUCUUCUGUAUUCUUGCCUUUGUAAAUCUCCUUGAUCGCGGUCGUUUUUAUAGGAAUGAGGCCAUAGAAGUGAUGUAUUGUUCAGCAGAUUUUCCUGUGAAAGAAUUGGUACAUGGAAGUGAAAAAUAACAAAAAAAAACUUAGAACUUCAGCUGAAAAUGAGCUGUGGAUGGGUAAAAGCUAUGCUUUUUCAUGAAAGCUCUGUUGAAGAGGUUAUUAUAUAUAUUUGGCUGGCCCAAGCACGAUUUGGCAUGUUGUUCUGUGUAUGUUGCUGUGUCCAUUGGCAUCAGGCUUGUAAAAUACUGCAUACAAAUUUAUACAACUGGCUCAUACGGAUUGGCUAGGUGCAAUACUGCUCCUAACACUACCACAUCUAGUGUUGUGUCACGAGGAUGUUUGAUCCACCACCCCCUCCCCCAUAAAUUUUAUUUUUACACGAGAGUUAUUCCUGGCAUGUACAUUUUGCUAAAAGCCCCAACACUUACAAAUUCUGAACCUGAACCCACCCUUGGUAACGAUUCCAGCCAUAAGAGUUUAUGCUGCAGCUUUUUGAGCAAGUUUCUUUGGCUCUACUUUGCUGUGUUGUACUUAUUUCUGAACCUUCCCACCACAAGGUAAUAAAUAAUAACUGUACUGACUGUAGAAUUAAGAAGCUAGCGGACAAGUUCCACGACAAACAUUGAUGAAACGGUGCUGUAUAGGGAGAGUGGAGCUUGUCAUUUUUUUGUGUAUUGAGAGAUUUGUAAAUAAACUUUGUGAAUAG